GAAGCGUAUCGUGCGUUGGAGCUGUUAGAAGAGUACCAUGCUCUUCUCAUCCAUCCUGGAGACGAUGAACUUCGUGUGGCAAUCGAACGUGUCAUAACAACAUUCAAGAACAGCCUCUUCCAAGCUCUCUUAGACCUUCAAGAAUUCUAUGAGGAAACGCUACUCAAUGAGCGAAAAAGCGUUCUACAGAAGAUUGCGGAGUCGAAGGAGAUCGCAAGGCGUUUAGACAUGAAUCCACCCUUCGGCGCUUCGAAUGCAAGCAGGUCUGGGCGCACUUUUCUGUCGACACAGACAGCGCCGUUAGCAACUGCUGAGAAUGGCCUCGGAAGUGUCGGAAAUUCUUAUUCUUCAAGUCAUGUUGUUCAUGAAAGAGUUCGUCAAAUUACUAAUGACGGCGGCUGGCAAACUAGUGAAACAACCACUCGUAGCUUUGAUGGCCCAGGAGGUGUUCAGAAACAGUCUUCAACGGUUAAUGGACUCAUUGACAGCAUGGGCAGAGCUUGGGAAAUUGAAGAUGUUGUGCUAGAAAAGGGCACAACCGGAUUAGGGUUUUCGAUAACUGGAGGAACUGACCAGCCGGCUGAAGAUGGUGAUACCGCAAUUUAUGUCACCAACAUCAUCAUGGGUGGUGCAGCUGCAGCUGAUGGUCGCAUGAAGAAGUACGACAAGAUUUUGAAAGUCAACAACACAGAGUGCGUAAAUGUGCCGCAUGAAGUUGCAGUUAAUGCGUUGAAGACGGCAGGAAAUGUUGUUCGUCUGACCCUCAAACGUCGACGUGAUGAAAUGAACAUCCCUAUUGCAACCAGCGGAUCCAUGGGCUCUGCAAGUCAUCUGAACAGAAGCGACCUAACAUCGUCUAUGGGAGCCCUCAAUGUGUCACGUGGAUUUGAAGGUAGUGGACAUUCGCCCACUGUACCACCAAGUUAUCCACCACCUCCUCCACCAGCUCAUGGUGGCUCUCAAGGCCAUCUUGCUCACAAUUUGCCUCCUGCUGGUUUGAGCUCCCGUGCUAGGUUAGCACAUACCAUCGACCUUUAUAAGGGACAGCGCGGCCUUGGCUUCUCAAUUGCUGGCGGAGUGGGUAACGAGCACGUUCCGGGAGACACCGAUAUUUAUGUCACAAAAAUUAUUGAUGGUGGAGCUGCAUAUCAUGAUGGACGUCUUGGAGUGGGAGACAGAAUUCUGGCUGUUGAUGAUGUCGGACUUGAGAAUGUUACGCACGAAUAUGCUGUCAAUGUUCUCAAGCAAACUGGCACUAAAGUGACGUUGUUGGUGCUUAAAGCAGACCCUAAUGUGAAUGUCGGUGCAAUUGAGGACACCGCCAGCCGUCAGUAUGUUGCAUCCACUCCACAAUAUCCGCAGACAACACCAAUCAGAUCGAAUUCAAUGCAAGAUUUCAAUCGGUCGUUUGAUUCGCAAAGUGCGUUAGCGUACGGCGGGCCACAAGGUGCUCCGAUUGGAGUAGGUGUGGCGCCUCAACAAGUACCGAUCACAAUGGACCCCAGGCCUGUGCCGCUCUACCGUGGAAAUCAGGGACUUGGCUUCAAUAUUGUUGGUGGUGAGGAUAACGAACCGAUAUAUAUCAGUUACGUAUUACCGGGCGGUGUCGCGGAUCUGAGCGGUAACGUAAGGAAGGGCGAUGUUCUUCUUGAAGUGAACGGGCGCUCCUUGCGUAACGCAACGCAUUCUCAAGCUGCAGAGGCUCUUAAAAACGCUCAAAAUCCAGUUACACUCACGCUGCAGUACAGACCUCAUGACUACCAGCAAUUCGAAGCGAAGAUUGAGCGGUUACGCAACGAUAUGAUCCAAGCCAAUUCUACGGGCGGAACCCUCCCUCGUAAAGACUUAUUCGUGAAGGCACUGUUCGAUUAUGAUCACACCCGCGAAGUCGGCGUUCCGCAUCGGUCCAUAUCGUUCCAGUAUGGCGAGUAUUUUGCAUGUAAUGAACACAUCAGAUGA